GGGUACCUUCACACACGUGACCUUUAUACCCAAUCAGCACGCGAUUUAGUAACGGGGAAUCCCCAGUUUUACCGGUACUGUGUCGCAUCCGUGGCGUGGAUUGACACAUUUUCACAUGGUUUGUGACGAGACAGACGUGUUUUAUUUGAGCAGCCACAUUUGGUCGUUUGUAUAGAAUAAAAGUGUUGCUUUGGAUUCCCUGAUAUUUCAGACAACUGCUUGUUUUGUAGGUCUAGUACGAGUAGCAAACCAACGAUUUUAAGUAGUCGCGGCCAUAUUGGUUUUUUUCUUCAUAGGCUUAUUGCGCAGUAACAACUCACAAAUCGCCCAAAAUGUCUCUACCUGGCGAUAUUGAAACGGAUUCUGCGAUGGCAAGUCCUGCAGUAAUCUCCAGCAACAAAAAGAAUCUUCAGUUCGACCCGAAAUUCCGAAACCUUCCCGGUCUGGGAUCAGGUGAUAGAUUUGACUCGCACGACUCCGGGAUUGACUCGUACCGAUCAGUGGACUCUGCCUGUUUCAGUACCGAUUCUGGGCGAGUUGAAAGCCUCCUCACGUCCAUAAAUGAAGACGAAUCUCCAAUCUCACAACAAUUUGACAAUCUCCACAUAUCGUCGUCAUCAGAGAAGGAAUCUCGGACAGAUUGUAAGCUCGAUACGACGGUAGAAAACGACGAAGCCUUUGUGGAUGGCCCGACGACUGAGGAAAGUAUCAGUGGUGGAGCGGUUUGGUUGGUGCAACAGGAGGAAAGUGCAGUCUUCGGCGAGAACAGAUGUCAGUUUCUUAAUCUUACAGAUGACGCCUAUGACCAAGACCAAGAAGGAGACACGCCCCUUCAUCUUGCAAUCAUUCAUUUGGAUAAUUCUGCGGAGAAAUUCAUCAAUUUAACCAACGAUCCAGAAUUACUCAACAUCAGAAACGACCUGGGACAGACUCCCCUUCAUCUGAGUGUACUGACAAGACAGCCACACAUCUGCCGAGCACUCAUCCUAGCUGGCGCUCAGGUUGAUUUUGUGGACCGUAAUGGCGACACACCACUCCACAUUGCAUGCAAGCUGUCAGAGGACGGCUGCAUCAGAGCUCUCACUGAGGGAAUAUCGCCACUGGAGUUGCAGAGAGGGAUGGUGCAGCAUCGCGCAGCGAGGGUUCAGCAACUGCCUCAGAACCUGGAACUCAAAAACUUUGAAGGGUUUACAUGCAUCCACAUCCUAGGGUUUCUCUGCGAUUUGGAACAUCUAAACUACCUAGUGCAACUGGGUGCCAACAUUAACGCCCCGGACGGCAAAAGCGGUCGGACAGCGCUCCACUACGCCGUGGAGAUGGGCAAUCUCGACCUUACCCAUCAUCUCGUCAACGUGUUGGGUGCCAACGUGGAUGCCAUGACCUAUGACCUCUGCACACCCUUACACUUAGCCGUGGGUCGUCAGUUGAAAGCCAUUGUCAUGCUGUUGGUUCAGAGCAAGGCAGACACGGACAUUACCAACUUUGAAGGGUACCGGCCGUGCGAUCUCUCAGAGGACAGUCAAAUCAUAAUGUACGUCAACAAAUACCCUGAGGAGGAUGAUAUGAUGUAUUCUGAUAUCAGGAUACAGGGACAGUAAAGUUUCAAACGAUGGACUUCUCGAAGUAAAAUCAGCAAGAUGUUUUGCAUUUAUUUAUUUCGUUGUAGAGGGUUUGUUUGCGUAUGUUAGGGUCAAUGAGAUUAAUUAUACUUCCAAUGUACACAUACAUGAAUGAAAUUACAUAAGUAAUUUUUUGUAAAUAGUGCAUUUAUUCAGUAAAUUUUACAAUCAGGGCACGUUUACUUUGGAGGCAGAAUUGUGCUUUUAAUAAAUAGUGAGGGUACAAUAGAAAUAUUCCUGUUUGCAAGCACGAGCACAUCUUGGCUGUGAAAUAUGCAGUUUUUCUUCUGAAUUUAGCGCAGUUUUUUUGUUUACGUUAAGAAGCGCCACAAGUGACAAUUGUUGUUUGAAAGGAGUGAACGCAAAGGUGCUUUCUAAAAUCUUUUGAAUGAAUGUGGAUUGGUAAAAAGGAAUAGUGGUUUUAACAUUCAACUUGAACCAUCAUUUUACUUGUUUGAUAUAAGACAUACAGAUAUUGCUAGUUGCAGUCAAUGAUCCUAUGUUUUUGAGAAUGUUUUAUGUUUGAUUUGUGGCCACUUUGUAAUCCGUUUCUCACCAUGUACAUGAACUCUGCAAUGUGAUAACACAUGUUUUUUUUGUAUAUACAACUUUCUGUGUAAAUCUAAUGUACAUACAAUAGAAACAAUGAAUUGUAUUCGUAGAAACUAGACUUAUUGAUAUGUUCGUUUUAUUUUGCCUAUAUACAUUGCUUACUUUGAAGAAAAGCAUUAUGAAUUGGGAUAGUGAUUGUUAGUAGUUAAGAGCAUUAAUCGGGAUUGUAGCUCAUACUGUACAGUGUACAUUAUAAUUUGAGGUCUUAGGAUAUCCAGAGAGUAUGUGAAUGAAUCCUGCAUCCUCAAAUCAUAAUUUUGGAUUUUUUAGGGUUUCUUACAAUCUAGUAUACUUAAAGGGAAUGUACAGUAUUUUGCUUUUGCUGCAAUUUUCAGAAAUAAAUGGAUUUGGAGGAUUAAUA